AUGAUGGUGUUGGUGAAAAUUACAGCUGAACAGGGAAAUCAAACGAGUUCUCUAUCUCCUAUAGCUAACCUACUUAUGGGAACUUUCGGCGUUUGGUCCGCAUAUGGAGCGGUUGGGCGAACGAUUCGGAUUGCAUUUUUUGUGUCUAGCAUACUAAUAAUUGCAUAUUCUAUAGCUUGCAUUGUAUACGGCUCAUGGUUGGCUGCAUCUCGAGGACAAUACGCAGAAUUACUAUCUCCAUCGUUGUACGUGGACGUGGCUCGAAUACUUCUCGUCGUUUCGAUAAUUACAGUCGUUAAUCAGCUGAUCAGUAUGUAUUCUGUAUACAAAGAACUACGAUUCUACGUCUAUGCGUCUGCAGUUGCAUCUCUUAUCAUUUUUAUUAUGCUUUUCAUUGGUGGAAUAAUGGGACUGGUUUUUCGAUCACAGCUUACCACACAAAUUCCUCUUCGACUGAAAAUGUUGACGUCGUUAAGAGAGCUUUACGGUACCCCGGAUAUGGAACAAGUCACGGACGCUUGGGAUCAGUUACAAUCGAAUUUUAAAUGUUGCGGAGUGGACGGUAACGAUACGCUUGUCAUUUGGCGGACGUCGAAAUGGUAUAUGCAUCAAAGAGUGCCAAAGCCAGUCCUACCAGCUUCAUGCUGUGUUCCUGGAAAAGUGGAUGAAUGCCGUUCGGGUAAUCUACAGAAUCCCGACACAACAACCACAUACACGAACACAUGUUAUAUGCCGUUACGAACGGAUUUACUCUACGUCGUACAUGUUGCUGCAUGGAUGUCGAUAGCUGCCAGUGUGCUGCAGCUAAUUCCCGCCAUCUUCAGUUCAUGGUAUGCAAAACUGAUCAAGAAGUGA